CUUAUUUUAUUAAAUGGAAAUGUUUAGCCAGUGAAAAGCCCUUUCUCAAAAAAAAAAAAAAAAAAGUUUAGCCAGUGAAAUUUGUUAAAGCGUUGUAGACCACUGGCUUUUCUUUAUUUAUUUGUUUUUUGAAAAAAUUCACCGGAAGUUGCAUAUGACACUUGUUAAUUUUCGACAAGAAAAAAAAUCGAAACAUGACAUUUCAUAUAUAUAAAGAAAUCAUGUACGUAAACUUUUGUUUUCUCUGAUAAUGUUCUCCGCAUAUGAAACAAGAAGAUGAUCGUGAUCCUCUAAUCGUUCUUUUCUGUUAUGUUUCAGAUGUGCCUGGACAUUGCGGAAGAAGAGACCUAAAAAUAAAUAAUUACACGAAGACAUAUCUGAAGGCAACAAAAAAAAAAACAGAAAUCAAGAUAAGAAGACAAUGCAGGGAGACUAGGGAAGGAAGGAUGUUUUCUUGUUUGUUUUGUUUUAAAACCUUCCUUCCAUAUCUCUCUGUGCAUUAACGCCUUACGUUCUUGUUCCUCCUUUCUUGUUUUGGACAAGAGUUCAUUGAUUGUAUAAUGGGGAACUGCUGUGGAACGGGAGGAACGUUGAUAGGCAAUGAUAAGAACAAGAAAGGUUUCAAAAUUGCAAACCCUUUCUCAAUCGAUUACGGUCGCCGUCACGAUGGAGAUAAGCUUGUUGUCCUCAAGGAACCAACGGGUCCUGAUAUCAAGCUGAGAUACAACCUAGGUCGUGAGCUAGGUCGAGGUGAGUUUGGUGUCACGUAUCUAUGCACAGACAACGAGACAGGAGAGGUUUUUGCAUGCAAAUCCAUAUUAAAGAAGAAGCUCAGAACGGCGGUGGAUAUAGACGACGUUAGGAGGGAAGCUGAGAUCAUGAGGGUUAUGCCUGAGCAUCCAAAUAUCGUCACGUUGAAAGAGACUUAUGAGGAUGAUAAGGCUGUGCAUUUGGUUAUGGAGCUUUGUGGUGGCGGUGAGCUUUUUGAUAGGAUUGUGGCUAGAGGGCAUUACACGGAGAGAGCUGCAGCUUCGGUUAUUAAGACAAUUAUGGAAGUUGUUCAGAUGUGUCAUAAGCAUGGAGUAAUGCAUAGAGACCUAAAACCUGAGAACUUCUUGUUUGCAAACAAAAAGGAAACUGCACCUUUGAAAGCGAUUGAUUUUGGUCUCUCUAUUUUCUUUAAACCGGGCGAGAAAUUUAACGAAAUUGUUGGUAGUCCAUACUACAUGGCUCCUGAGGUACUAAAGCAGAGUUAUGGACCAGAGAUUGAUAUCUGGAGCGCAGGUGUAAUCCUUUACAUAUUGCUAUGUGGUGUACCACCUUUUUGGGCAGAAACCGAUCAUGGAGUAGCAAAAGCAAUUCUUAAAUCUGUGAUUGAUUUCAGAAGAGACCCCUUGCCUAAAGUUUCUUCAAAUGCAAAAGAUCUUAUCAAGAGGAUGCUUCAUCCUGACCCAAAGCGUCGUCUUACAGCUCAACAAGUGCUUGAUCAUCCAUGGAUUCAAGAUGGUAAGAAUGCUUCCAAUGUAUCAUUGGGUGAAAGUGUAAGAGCAAAGCUCAAGCAAUUCACAGUUAUGAACAAGCUCAAGAAAAGGGCACUCAGGGUUAUUGCUGAGCAUCUAUCGGUUGAAGAAGCAUCAGGAAUAAUAGAAAGAUUCCAAGUAAUGGACACUAGCAACAGAGGAAAGAUUACCAUUCAAGAGCUAAGACUUGGCUUGCGAAAGCUCGGGAUUGUUGUUCCUCAAGAUGACAUUCAAAUCUUGAUGGGCGCGGGAGAUGUUGAUAAAGAUGGAUAUAUAGACGUUAAUGAGUUUGUUGCCAUAUCGGUACACAUCAGGAAGAUGGGAAACGACGAGCACUUAAAGAAAGCUUUUAAGUUCUUUGAUCUUGAUAAGAGUGGUUAUAUUGAAAUAGAUGAGUUACGAGAUGCUUUGGCAGAUGAGUUUGAUACUACUAGUGAAGAAGUUGUCGAAGCCAUUAUCUAUGAUGUUGAUACCAAUAAGGACGGAAGGAUAAGCUAUGAAGAGUUUGCAACGAUGAUGAAAACGGGAACGGAUUGGAGAAAAGCUUCUAGGCAGUACUCGAGGGAUCGGUUCAAGAAUCUUAGUCACAAACUGAUGCAAGAUGGGUCUUUGCAGUCUCAUGGAGAUACAAAAUAGAGCUUGAAUCCCAAGCAGGGAUACUUAUUCUCACUCUCAGAAGAUUGUCUUGAAUCUGCUCACGAGUACUCUGAAUAUAAUAUACAAAAUUACAAAUAUACAAAUAAUGCAAUUAUAUAGGUUUUCUUUUCUUUUUUUAAAACAACGUACACCUUUUCUGGGGGUUUAACCGACAUAUUGUUUACUAUGAUAUAAUACAAUCCAUACGAACCAGUAUGGUUGGAUUACAUAUCAAAGUUAAUGCAAAGACUCCCGGAUAACUUUUUCAUUAACUUGUUGCUUAGCCUUUGGCAAGAGGUUAUAUGAUAUAGUUAACAGUGAGACUAAGCAAGCCUCUGUUAUGUUAAUCAUAAACUCAAUGAUCAAUUUUAACAAUCCAAUGAAAAUAACAACUAAAUCGAAGAAUAACAUUUCUCACAUUGUAAAAAAAAUGUAAAGUAGAAUAGAAUAUGAUAUAUUAUUGUGUUGUGUUUAAUAAGAGAAUACAAUACG